CAUCCCUGGACAAAAAAGCUUCUGUAGCCAGGCAAAAAAAACCUUCACGCUCGCAGAGUUGAACCUACUGUGGCAGCUGUUAGCUGCAGAUGUUGCCCCCGGCUCCCAUGGCUCGCAGUCUCGCAGUGGCUCAAACGCGGGUCCUUGCAGAAGGCCACAUAGGCCACGGGAUCACCCAGGAGCCAUGAAAGAGAGCUACACCACCCUGGCCCAAGAAGAAAAUCCUGAGGGUCAUGAAGAGGAUGAGGAGGAUCGCAAGAAAAUCACGCAGAUUCGCCUGAAGUCGAACCCAACUGUCUCCAGAUGCAAGAGAUGCUUCCUGGCCGUGAUUCGGGCCCUGAUCUUCGUUUCGGCCACCUCAGCGUUGCUCUACUUGCAGAUUUGGUGGGCCACCGAGUAUGCCUGGUACGAAACUCCAGCGAAUGUCACCGGCACGUUGAACCACACGUCAAUUAUUUCCUCAAUUGAGGAAAAUUGCCUGGUGGACGAAUCGGUUGUGGAUUUAUGGGCGAAAGACUUGGCAAAGGAACGGACGCUGAUCGCGGAGGUCCAUCCUAAUUCUCCGUCACCUCUGCCAGUUAUGACAUGGUACGUGAGUGAAGAAGUUUACAGGAACCGUGACGGUUGGAUUCCAUUGCUCAGCUUCAGUGCUCGCUUGGCCAAGCCAGCGAGGGUUGAUUUGCUGGUGGAACAGGACUUGAAUGAAGGCGAGUACCUCAAAUUGCUUGAGGACGCCUUCAGGCGCAACAACUUUCUGGUCGAGGAGGAAGAUCUGAUUUGGACCGGGAACUAUUUGGUGGGCCAUUGGCAUACAAGCCACCAGGGCAUGUUGUGGAACAGCAUCUUGGGAUGGCAGUACUACAAGCCAUCGAAAGAAUGGCAAUUCCUGACAGCUGUGGCCUUUGUGAUCAUGAUGGUGAGCUGUUCCACCAUCCUGAAAUUCCUGAUCCGAGAGGCUCAGACAGACUGGGGUGACGCCUGCCAGGUAUGGAUUACUCAGAACGACAAUCUCUGGGAAGUGGCUAAGCAAAAAGGAAAGAAACCCAUCAAACCUGACACCAAAAAGAUCCAGGAAAAGGCACACCCAGAGAAAGCGCCUCCUAAGCGCCUCGUCCCAAAGGAUGAAGAGAAGGGCGAAGCAUCAGGAUCUGUGGCCAAGAAGAAAGUCGUCGCGGCGGAACCCGUGGAACCUGUGGAGGUUGACGUGAAUUGGGAAGAGAGGCUGUGCUUGUGCUCGCCCUUCUUUGUCUUGGACAAUACUUUGGCCGACGCCUACUCCUGCGAAGAACAGGUCCUUUGGGCCGUCGCCUCUGCCGUGGUUCAUUCCCUGACCUUCUCCAUUUGCCCCGCCCUGCCAUGCAUCGCAUGUCAUUUCAUGAAGGCUUGGGUUCCCCUCUUCCACUUCCUCAUGGGGGCGUAUGGUCUGGCAGUGAUCCCAUUGGGCUUGAGUUACUAUUUCGCCCUCAGCCAUGGAAAGCUGAAUCUCACCUUUGCAUUGCUUCAGAUUUUUGUAAUGACUUGCUGGGUUGUGGCGAGCGUUGUGUACAUCAUUAGUUCUCUGAUCUACUUGGCAGCUGUCGCCUCAAUCGAUUCGAAGCUCAUCGUGGAUGCCCUGAUUCCCUUGGCUACGGUCUUCGCCUAUGCCACCAUUGUGAUCUCCCGGCUCAAGGCUCUUCAAAGGCACUACAUUGCUGCUGCGGAGGGCAAAGCAACAAAGGGUUUUCUGAUGUACGAAACCCACCGGCUCGGCUUUUCGACCUCUGCGAUCAUCGUUUUGGCGAUAGAAGGUGUUGCGUCGUUGUUUGGCCUCUUCCUUAUCCAGCUGGCCAUUCGAAACAUGUAUGCGGGCUCCACCUUGGUCACAAACAACUUGGUCCAAGCAGCAGUUCUGCCUACCUACGCCCUGAUCAAUGCAAUGCUGAAUUUGAAAAACGAAAAGCUACACGACGCUCGUGGGGACAUACAGGAGGACUUGGUGAACACAAUCAAGGAGAUUUUCUGAAUAUUUAGCACUUAAUUCACUUGAACUCUAGAUUCACUUGUGAUCUUGCCGUAUCUGGAAACCUGUUUCACGGCACACGGCGCAAAUCAACCGCACUGCCCGUUUCAAAACAAAUUGGACUUGAAACGGAAAAUAAAAAUGAAUGGAA